GGUUCCGACAUGUUUCAUACCACGAGGUUGUAUUCAUUCAGAUUUCUGCGCUUUAAUUUUAACAAUUACUGGCAUAGAAUACACAUGAGUAACCCAGAAUAGGAGACGACGUACCCGGAAUCGACGACUCAGCUAGACUCUAUUAAUAUGGCAGGAAGAAGCGGUCGGUACUUACAAACCAUGGACAAGGGAGAUUCUGCGGAUGAAGAGACCGGCAUAGAUGACGAGCACAACAAGCACAACGACCCAGCAGGCGACACUGUGGAGGUCGUGAUUUGGACAAGGGAUAUGGUUGGCAUCCACCACAUCACUGGAUACGAAGCCACCGCCGAAAAUUUGUUUAAGAUUGUUGUGGAGGAGAAACAGUUGCCACCAGAAAGUGAAAACAUUUUCUCCAUCUGGCUGGUGUCUCCCCUGCUUGAACUAAGAUUAAAAAAGAAUCACAUACCAUUCCAGUUUGCACAGUUGUGGGACGAGUACUGUGAGUUGUACACAGAUGCUAAUCCCGAUGAAAUCUCAAGAGAUGAACCUGUUGUGAUGUUCCAGAGAAAUGUAUUUCUUACUCUUGAAGAGGAAAUGAAGAUUUCGGAUGAAGUGGUCUUGAACUUGCUGUACCAUGAAGCCAAAUUUAACGUGAUAGAGGGUCGAUAUGUGUUACAAGCGGAGGAAUAUGACCAGUUGGCAGGAAUUCAGGCGUUAAUUCAUCUAGAACAUUACAAUGAAAAAACACACACACUGGAACACUACAAAGAAGAGCUUCAUAAGUUCUACCCAGCACAUAUGCGGAAACCAAAGAAUACAAAAUUUUUCAACUUCGGUGGAAACAGGAACGAUGAAGCACUAGAGGUCAGAGUUCAGAGCAUGCAUCAACAGAUCAGUGCCGAGUAUAAAAACACCGACAUAAAAGAAGCACUGGGUAAAUUGUACAGGAAAUACCUGGAGGUCUGCUGGCAGUAUGCUUUCUAUGGAAGUGCCUUUUUUGAGGGGAGGGUUCAGAAGCCGGUAGGAAAGAUAAUAGGCCACCUUCCCGGCGUGGACAAAGACAUAGACGUCCUGAUCGCUCUGAACACAGACGGGAUCUGUAUCAUUGAUCAGCUGAGAGAGGAACCAAUGCUGGCCGUGCCGUAUGAAGAUCUUUCCUGGCAUCUGAAAACCUUUAAAAAGGAGGAAAACAGAAUGCCUGUCCUUUUACUGCAGUUACUGGUCAAGAACGAGAAUGGAGAUACAAUCUCCAAAGUUCUACCAGUGUUCUCCAAACAGGCAAAUAUGAUGGAUGCUUUGAUUGAUUCAUGUGUAAAGAGGAAACUCCGUUUAGAAAAGAUGGUUAAGAAGGCUGCUGAAAAAAGUGCCAAGGAUGGAGCCAGGAAGGACGUAGUAGAAAGUGCCCAGGAUGGAGCCAGGAAGGAUGGAGAAGAGAGUGCCCUGGAUGGACCCAGGAAAUACAGGAACGAAAAUUUUUGUUGCAAGAUAUCAAACAAGCUGGAUAAAAUGAACUUAGUAAAAGUUCCAUAGGGAGGGAAGAUUAUUAAGCCCUCAUGAGAGAUUUAGGAAAACAUCGGUGGACCGCGAUAAUUAAAAUUUGUGCAUAAUACACAGUAGACAUUUCAUUUUGUUAGUGGACUGUCACUAAAGGAGAAAAGACCCUGAGUUAUAAACUUUUGUAGCCUCUCUCUCUACCAGUAUAUUCAAACCAUUACCUAGGAAGUGAAUUCAUCAAGACUCCAAAUGACAGUUUUGUAAAUUAGAAGAAAUUAGAAGAAAUGUUAUGAGUGACUUAAAUAAUAACAUAACUGAUUAUGAUGUGUUGAAAAAUCUAAACCUCUUUCGGUCAGCAUAAGUUAACUUUUGUUACAAUAUAAGUGUAUACAGAUGUUUUUUGUUUGUUUUUCUGAUCCAUUCAUAUUUUGUACCUACAUGUAUUAGUUAGCAGAGCUAUGCACGCCAUCAGUUGUGUGAAGAUUACUUAUAUAUACUGGUAUAUAUGUACAUUUUAAGUUGUCUUUGUGUCUUAGACCUCUUAGUCUUAAUUUUUUUUUACUUUAUCCAUGUGUUAAAUUGAAUUAAUAAUUAAAAACUAAUGAAGUUCAAAAUAGUUUUUUUAUAACUAACAUGACUAAUUUGCAAUAAUUAACGUAUUCAUGUAUAUUGCAAGGUAUGUUUUAAAGACUUUUUUUUGUUUUUAUGGACUCGCGAAUAUUUAGACCACAUAGUCUAUCUUUUUGUCAUUUACA